AUGACGGUCUUUGUGGUCUCCCUAUUUCUUCCAAACACAAUUAACUUCAAACUCCCUUCCACCACUUCACGCCCUCCUACCAGAUCUAGUCUCCACCCAGAUGCCAAACCCGACGCUCCCCGCUCUGGACGUCCAGGUGCCUCUAGAAGAUAUACCACCAGAAUCGAUACUACCAGCAAGCCUAGUCUUUUUGCGCAACAUAAGGAUAUCACACCCCCAGCAACACCAAUACACGAUGCCGACCAUGAACGAUUCUUUGCGCAGACUGAAAUACCGGACACAAAAGCCUCCGUCCUAAUACAAGAAAGCCAAGCAUCCACAAUUGCACUUAGUGAUCCUCAUUCGCCGGCAUGGGGUGCGGGAAAGACGUUCAACCAACCGCGAUCCCGAGCCAGUUCUCCCCCUCCUGCCGAUAUCCUCAAGCAUAAUAAGAUGAAGGAGAAGGCAGAGCUUCUUGGAAGUGCUGGAAUACGCCAACCACAAUAUAAACGAAGUGACAGCCAUGAUCGAGUAUUCGCAAACGCCGAAUGGGUAGUCGAGCCAGCGGAGCAAGGCAAUGGAGGUCUCAGAAAUGCUGUACAAGCUUCAGUGAGAAGUGGAAACCUUGAGGAUAAGAUCUGGGUCGGUACAUUAGGAAUGCCCACGGACGCUCUCGAAGGCACUCGACAAAGGCAGGAUAUUCAAGAUCGUUUGGCUACAGAGUUCGAUUCCUUAACUAUUUUCUGCAAGGAUAGCGAUUUUGAUGGCCAUUACACGCACUACUGCAAGCAAAUCUUGUGGCCCGUUUUCCACUACCAAAUCCCAGAUAAUCCUAAAAGCAAGGCUUAUGAGGACCACUCUUGGGUUUACUAUGUCAAGGUAAAUCAAGCCUUUGCAGAUAAGAUCAUCAGAGAAUGGAAGAGAGGCGAUGUUAUCUGGAUCCAUGACUACCAUCUUCUAUUGGUACCUUCAAUGAUCCGUAAGAAGCUUCCAGAUGCGAAGAUUGGAUUCUUUCUUCACGUCGCGUUUCCAUCUUCGGAAGUAUUUCGAUGCUUGGCGGUUCGUAAGGAGUUGCUUGAGGGCAUGUUGGGAGCAAAUCUCAUUGGAUUCCAGAUUCAAGAGUAUGCACGCCAUUUCUUGCAAACUUGCAGCCGUAUCCUAAUGGUUGAAGCCACAAAUGAUGGUAUUCAACUUGAGGAUCGAUUCAUCGAUGUUAUCAAUCUUGCAAUUGGAAUUGAUCCUGUUGCUCUGGAUAUAAAUCGCGCGGACCCUAAAGCUACACAUUGGUUGAACACAAUGCAAGAAAGAUAUCGUGGUAAGAAGCUCAUUGUGGCACGCGACAAGUUAGAUCAUGUACGAGGUGUACGACCUAAACUUUUGGCAUAUGAGCUGUUUCUAAAUAAAUAUCCCGAAUGGCGAGACAAAGUUGUUCUUAUUCAAGUAGCAACCUCUACUACAGAGAAUGCUGAACUCGACGCGACCGUUUCAGACAUUGUUACUCGAAUCAACUCUUCAUGGGCCAAUCUUGCUUACCAACCCGUCGUGUACCUGAAGCAAGAUAUUAUCUAUCCUCAGUAUUUGGCUCUACUCACAGUCGCAGAUGCUCUGAUGAUUGCUAGCCAGCGUGAAGGGAUGAACUUGACAUGUCAUGAGUAUUUGUUUUGCCAAGAUGGCAAGUUCGAAGGUCACAACAAGCAUGGCUCCCUUAUCCUUAGUGAGUUUACUGGUAGUUCUUCCAUCUUUGGCGGGAAUGAGCUUUCUGUAAAUCCUUGGGAUUAUCGUCAAUGCGCCGAUGCAAUCAAACAAGCUUUGGAGAUGGAGGAUGAAGAAAAAGAAGAACGAUUCAAGAAGCUUCAUGCAGCUGUCAUGCACCAUACCGGAGAGCAUUGGUUUAACGAAUUUCUCCACCGCCUUGACAAAGCCUACGAUGAGCAGCAUAAGAGAGAUACCACAUCCGUUCCUCGUCUCUCAAUUAACAUGCUUGGUCAGAAGUAUCAGAAAUCGGAGCGCAGGCUUUUCAUUAUCGAUUAUGAAGGAACUUUAGCAUCAUGGGGCUCUCCGAGCAGCAUUAUCUUAACAAGCCCGCAACGUACAAUUGAUACUCUCAAUGACAUUCUGCAAGACGAAAGAAAUACAGUAUACGUAAUGUCGAGUAGACAACCAGAAGAACUCGACCGUUUGUUUAAACGAGUCCCACGUCUUGGUCUCAUUGCUGAGAAUGGAUGCUUUCUCAAGCAAUUUGGAACUUCAGAAUGGACCGAGAUGGCCGACCCUGAAAAGAUGCGAGCUUGGAAGGAUUCGGUAGAAGGUAUCAUGACUUACUAUACUGAACGAACACCAGGAUCCUGGAUUGAAACAAGACAUUGUAGCUUGAUCUUCCAUUACAAGAAUGCCGAAGAUUUCGAAACUGCAACUCGACAAGCAGGUGACUGUGCAAGUCAUAUCAACGAUGCGUGCGAGGAACAAAGAGUGAGAGCUAUUCCUCUUGAAGGAGCUGUAGCAGUAGAACCAAUCGAUUGGUCAAAAGGCACAGCUGCCAUGAAAAUCUUCGAAGGUCUUGCGAAAGAUAUGGCACCAAACGAUGAACAUACUUCCCCAGUCGAUUUCUUGUUGGUGAUAGGUGAUGGUAGAGAUGACGAAGUUAUCUUCCGAUGGGCCAAUGAUUUAGGUGCAGCAAAGAAGGUUGACAGUGUUACUACUGUUAGUUUGGGUAGUAGGAAUACUGAGGCUGGGUAUACACUUACACAAGGUGUUACUGGUGUCUUGACCGCACUUCAAAAACUUGCUCAAUUACCUUGA